UCUUGUGUGAAAGUUAGAAUUCAUGUGGUAGUAGUUGGAAGUAUAGUUGGUGGAAGUGGAAGCCCCGGUAACUACGAUAAUGAUGAAGCCCCCAAUGACUAUGAUAAUUCUGAAAGUCAUUGUAAAGUGGCUCCAAUAGCUGGUGAUUUUGCACUUGCAAGUUCGUAUGUUCAACAGACCAAUUCCCAGAUGUCAUUGGUAAACAUAUUCAAAGAUCUUGAAGUAAUUCCCGACGAAUCAAGUAAUGUACUGGCUGAGCAUGACUGA